AUGUCACUUGUGAUUCUAUUCGGAUUUAUUUUCUUUGUCCCCAAUAUCAUUUGUCAAGUCAUCCCAUUGCAGUUUGACUUUGCAAUUGAUCAACUACGUUCUCAGCAUCAUUAUACACCUCUUGAUAUAGAUAAUUAUGCGGACUAUAAUUUCUCACCGGAUGACUUCCUGGGGAAGUUGUCCUCUGUAUUGUCUAAUAAUAAAUCGACCCCGUGCGAACGAGAUUUUAAAAUGAUUCUUGAAGGAAUUACAAAACGAGAAACAUGGGCUAUCAAAACAAUUGAUGCAUGGGGUAAACCAUUACCAUCAGGUGUUUUGUCUGGAAAUGUCUAUUGGGUUGGUAAUUAUGAUGAAUGUUUACAAGAUGCUUAUCUACCAACAAAUAAAUCGUUUGUAUCGCAACCAUUUCAAACACAAUAUUGCACACUUUUACCCAGCCCAUCAAAACCAAAUGCAACAAUACCACUUGGCAUCACUCUUGGUCUUUGCCUUCCAUCAUCAUGUGAUCGAGAAUCAACCAUCGAUUUAUUAGAGAUGAUUUUCAAAAAGAAUAAUUUUACAAAAAAUAAUCUCGUCUGUUCAAGUGAUCCUGCAUAUGGACAAGAGAGUUUUGCAUCAGGUGCAAUUGCAACCUGCAUUGUUCUUUCAUUAUUAGUAUUUGUCGUUUUACUGGGAACAAUUGUUGAUCUAAUUCUCAGCUCACAUCGACAGGAAUCAGCUGAUGAUGUAUCGUCGAAUAUUAAUGGCUACAAUCAUUUUUGGGAUACAGAUACUACUCAGUUUGAUUUUGUAAACAAGUCAAAGAAGCAGAAACGUCUCCAUUUUCAAUAUUUCACACGUUCAUCAUCUCUAACGAAUUUCUUAGCGGAAUUUUCUGCAAUCAAAACAUUACGUCGAAUAUUCACAAUGAAAACGAAGAAAGAUAACGAUUCAUUUCCAUUUAUCAAUGGUAUUCGAGUAUUGUCUCUAUGUUGGGUCAUCAUCGGUCAUUCAAUUGCUUUUGGUUUAUCUUACACAAGUAAUAUUGUUGAUAUUCUUGUUUGGACUCGUAAUGUAUCUUUUCAAUUGAUUAUCAAUGCAUUACUCAGUGUCGAUACAUUUUUUGUAUUGAGUGGCUUCUUAACCGCUGUUCUCUUUAUUCGAGAAGUCAAAAAGAAAGAAAAACUUUCGGUUCGUCUUGUUAUUCUUUAUUAUGUUCAUCGAUAUAUUCGAUUAACACCAACAUUAUUACUUGUUAUCUUAGUCAGUAUUAAUUUAACACCUUAUUUCGGUCAAGGACCUGUUUAUCCUACUCAGAAAGGUUUUGAAUCAGACGAUUGUCGUUAUGUACAUUGGUGGACAUCAAUUCUUUACAUUGGAAAUUUUGUCAAUCCACAUGAAAUGUGUUUAGGUAUUACUUGGUAUCUUCAUAAUGAUAUGCAAUUUCAUUGGAUUGCACCAUUAGCUUUGAUUCCAUUUGUACUCGGACGAAAAUCAAUCUCUUUUAUUAUUGCCAUACUUUUUGUUCUGAUUGGAAUUGCAUCGAUUACAGGUAUUCUCCUUUACUAUCCUGAUAUGUCAGUCGAUGUAUUGGAGGCGUUUACAGACAAACCUGGACCUACUUUCUAUAAAAAUAUUUAUAUUACGCCAUGGUGUCGUAUCUCUGCGUAUGCAGUUGGCCUUCUCACUGGAUUCAUUCUGAUUCACUUUGGCCGAGAAUAUCGACUGAAGAAACUUAUUAAAAUUUUUGGAACAAUAUUGAGCAUUGUUCUCGCUUUACUUUGUUUAUUCGCAACUUAUCCCGAAUAUAUUCUUCCAUCAGGACUCAGUCGAUCAAUUUUAAUUGCGUAUCAAUCAUUAGCGCGAACCUUUUGGGCGAUUUUUAUCGGGUGGAUCUUAUUCUUAUGUAGUAUUUAUCAAGGUGGAUUAGUUAACAAAAUACUUUCUUGGUCAAUCUGGGCGCCAUUAGCACGACUUAACUAUUCGUGCUAUUUGAUACAUUCAACUGUUCUUCAUACGAUGAUUUACAGUCAACGAAUGCCGUUUUUCUAUCAAGCGCAUUUGGUUGUGAAUAAUUUCAUUUCUCAGAUCUUCUUCAGUUAUUUAGCUGCUGUUUUUGUGACGAUCUUUUUCGAAACUCCAUUUUUUGUUCUCGAAAAGAAAUUAUUCAAACGUUCAUGA